AUGGAUUUAGAAUACAAUUAAAUUAGAAUCAAAAAAAAUAAUAUUUAGGACUAAUAUUUUUUUUAUUUUUUAAAAAAGCUUUAAGAAUUUAUUGAAGAUCAUUUUAUAAUAAAUAAUUACUAUAAUUAAUUUAUUACUGCUUAUUCUGGAUUAUCAUAAUUUGAAGAAUAUUCUGCUUGUUAAGAAUAAAUGAAGAAAAAUAAUAAUAAAUUACAAAUGAUUUGUUGUGGGACUCCUUGCUUUAGAUUUUCAUUAAAUUUAUCUCUAAGAAUGGUUUUUAAGAUAGAAAAACUGUCCAUUUUGUAGAACUAAAUAUACAAGAAAAAAUUAUAUAAGAUUUUCAAUGGAUAGAUAUUGGAAACUUAAAGAUCAAAAAUACCGACUCCAAUUAUCUAUGUCGUAUAAAAAAUUAAAUUAGUAAGUGUAAAAUAAAAUCGUAUGAAUUAAAUAAAAAUUAAUAAUUAGAGUAAAUUAAUCAGUUAUAAGAAAUUAAAGAUUGAUUUAUGA